AUGACAUAUGUUAAUGUGAUGGACCAAGGAGCUCGUGGCGACGGCAAAACUGAUGAUUCAAAUCUUGCAGGGAAAAUAGUUGCUCCAACUAUGGAUACAUGGGUUGGUGAUAGGGGAUGUUGGAUUGUGAUCCAAUAUGUAAAUGGUUUAACAAUUGAUGGGCAAGGAGGAUAUAUCGAUGGCUAUGGUUCUUCUUGGUGGGAGAAAUGCAAAAGUUGUCAACGACCAACAUCCUUGUGUUUCCACUCUUGUAAUGGUCUUGUUGUGAGUUCUCUAAGCACGACUAAUAGUGCUAGAGCUCACAUAGCUAUAGAUGAUUGCAAUGGUGCAAGAUUUGCUCAUAUGAAUGUUAAUGCUCCUGAGAACAGUCCUAACACUGAUGGCUUUGAUAUUGCUAAUUCCAAAUAUAUAUCGAUAGAAGAUUCUACUAUAGCAACUGGUGAUGAUUGUAUUGCCAUCAACACUGGUUGCUCCUUCAUCAAUGCUACCAGGAUUUUUUGUGGACCAGGCCAUGGGAUAAGUGUUGGCAGUUUGGGUAAAAAUGGAGCUAAAGAGAUAGUUGAAGAGGUUUAUGUAUAUAAUUGCACCUUCAUUGGGACUACAAAUGGAGCAAGAAUCAAAACAUGGCCGGGUGGAUCAGGUUAUGCAAGAAAAAUCACAUUCGACCAAAUCAUACUAAAAGAUGCUAUAAAUCCAAUAAUUAUAGACCAGAACUAUGCAGUCAUGGUGAGUGAAGUGACUUAUCGUGGAUUUGAUGGAACUUCGGCUAGGAACUUGGCAAUAGACUUAAAAUGUUGCACAUUGGGUUGUUUCGGUAUUACAUUUGAUCAAGUUCACAUUAUCUCUUCACAACCCAAAAAAUCAACAUAUGCUUUUUCUAGUAAUGCCCAUGGAAUAGUUAUCAAUACUGUUCCAAAAGUCUCUUUGCCGAAAUGA